AGUCUUGAUCGCGUAUCGGGAUUUAUUAGCGUCUCUCUGUUAUUACGCGUACGUGUAUAUGUUCCGGAUUCGUUUUUUCACCGCUCGCCAGAGAUAUAUACAUAUAGAGAGACGCACACCCGCGCAAGAAUAACCGGAAAGACGGCUUGGAUUAUCGUGACAUAUCUCGAAUAAGUAAUGGGAAAAAAAAAAUCAUGAAUUUUCAAUAGACAGGCAAGCGAGUGAUAAUCCUGGAGUUAUUCUGCCUUAUCCACCUGCCCUAUACUAUACGCUGUAUUAUCUCGCGCUUCUAAAAAAUGCGCGCGGAAAAAACGGGAAGGUCUCGCGCCAACACUGCAGGCAAUUAAACCGAUCGGCCUUGCAACAAUAAUAACCAUCAUCUCCCGGUCUCUUGGAAAAGCAAUGAACGCGGGUAAAUCUAUUCCACGGCGCACUCGGCGUAAUCUGUCCCGUCCCAUCUUCUAAGCUCCGCCGACGAAACCAGUAUCUCUUUUAAUGACCGUACGGCCAAGAGGAAGAAGAAGAGGAAGAAGAAGAAGAAAAAGUUACACGGUACACAAUACACACGACAGCUCUCGAGUCCUUAUAGUGGGGGUAAACCGGCGGCCGCAUGUGCGUCUCUCGGCUGCGACGCCGUUCAUGCCAGUCAAGAUUGACCAGACUCGCGGCUAACAUAGCUCGGACACUGCUACACUCGAAUAGCAGGAUGGAUCGCUGGCGAGGAAAAGUGGCUGUGGUGACCGGAGCCUCCUCCGGGAUCGGCGCUUACGUCGUCGAGCUUCUCGUGAGGGCCGACAUGAAGGUAGUCGGCUUGGCCAGGAGGGUCGAGGUGCUGCAGCAGAUGGCCAGCAGGAUGGCCAAGCAUCACCCCGGCAGCUUCUAUCCCGUCAAGUGCGAUCUGCAGAAGGAGGAGGACAUCCUCGAGGCUUUCAAGUACACCGAGGAGAAGGUGGGACCGGUGAACGUCCUCGUCAAUAACGCCGGGUUCCUGGUCUCCGAGAGGAUUAUCGACAGCUCGACGGAGAACUUUCGCAAGAUCCUGGACAUCAACGUGCUGGCGGUGGCCAUCUGCAUCCGCGAGGCCACGAAGCUCAUGCGCAAGCACAAGGUCCACGGGCACAUCGUCAACAUAAACAGCGUCGCGGGCCACGAGGCGGCGAGGAUACAGGUGCCCGUGAAUCUCUACUGCGCCAGCAAGUACGCCGUCACCGGUAUGACCGAGUCCGUCAGGAACGAGCUGACCAGCCUCAACUCCGGCAUCAAGAUCACGAGCCUCAGUCCAGGACCGGUUAAAACGGACAUGAUCCGCGCCGCGGGCAUCCCCGACGAGCUGAUCGACAAGGUUCCCAUCCUCGAGGCCAAAGACGUCGCCGAAGCCGUCAUCUUCGCCCUCGGCACGCCAACCCACGUCCAGAUAAACGAGCUGACGAUCACACCGCUGGACGAGACGGUGCAAGACGCCAGAGGCUGAGAUAGCGCCGCCGCCGCCGAGGAGACACGUGCUAUUUUUCCAAUGCAGUAUAUAGAGCCUAUAGUUUAUAGUAGCGCAUCAGCCUAGUACAGACAUGUAGACAAGACACGAAAUAAAGUAUCUUACCUUGUA